AUGCCCUUCGUUUCGAGUCUCUCCGCCCUGCUGGCGGCGCUUUUAACGUCGGCACCGGCAGUGCAGUCUCUUGCCACGCCCCCACGGACCGCCGAUGCAGCGACCGCGGUAGGCAAAGCGGUCUACCUCAUCACCAAUGAUGCUGCCAAUGCGGUCGUUGCGCUGCCAAUUGGGGCCGACGGCAAGCUCUCCCGCGUCACCACCACCCCGACUGGCGGAGCCGGCGGCGUGGCGGUAGACAGCAACGGCCAGCCCGCCACUCCCGACGCCUUGAACAGCCAGUCAUCGCUGACCGUUGUGGGACACACUAUCUUCGCCAUCAACGCCGGCUCCAACACGCUGAGCAUGCUCUCCAUCUCCCCCUCCGACCCAACCGACCUCCGCCUCGUGGGCAAACCGGUCCCGAUUCCCGGCGACUUCCCCAACACCGUCGCCGCCUCCUCCAAGCACAACCUCGUCUGCGUUGGCGCAACCGGCGUUCGCGCCGGCAUCUCCUGCAGCCGCUUCUCCGCGCGCGGCGUCGAGCCCAUGGACGCCCUGCGCCCCUUCGCCCUCGGCCAGACCACGCCCCCUCACGGGCCCCUCAACACCGUCUCCCAAGUCUUCUUCUCCCCCGACGAAUCCAUGCUCUUCGCCACCGUCAAGGGCAACGGCAACACGACCACGGGCUUCUUCUCCGCCUUCCCGGUGCAGCGCUCCUCCUGCGGCUCUUCCUCGGCCUCGGUCUCCCACACCGAACAGCGCAGCUCCCCCAACGGCACGGCCGUGCUCUUCGGCUCGCGGGCCAUCCCCAACACGCACCGCGUCUUCGCCACCGACGCCUCCUUCGGCGCGGUCGUGCUCGCCGUCGACCCCGCCACCGGCCGCGCGACCACCCUCGCCAAGGGCGCCAUCCCGGGCCAGAAGGCGACCUGCUGGGCGACGCUGUCGCCGGCGACGGGCACCGCGUUCGUGACGGACGCCGCGACCAACCGGAUCGUGGAGAUGAGUGUGAGCGAUGCGAGUAUUGUGUCCGAGACGGACUUGAACGGGCCCGAGGGCCGCGAGGCGGAUCCGGGACUGAUCGAUCUGGCGGCUGCGGGACGGUUCUUGUAUGCGCUUUCGCCGGGGAAUGGAACCACCCAGGCGGCGGUGGCGGUUGUGGAUGUGAGGGCGAACGGAGGAAAGGGGAAGGGGAAGCCCGCGCUUGUGCAGCACUUUGGGUUGGGCAAGGCGGCUGGGCCGAGGGCGAUGGGUAUGGCUGUCCUUGUCUGA